AUGGAUAAAGACCCACAUAUGAAAGGUCACUAUAUAGUUAUGGAUAAUACACCCAUUCACACGAAUAGAAACUUAAAGAAAUAUAUUGAGUAUCGUAGUUAUAAAUGUGUUUAUCCUCCUACUUACUCUUCUGAGCUUAACCUAAUAGAAAACUUUUGUGUAGUUGCAAAGAAAACUAGCAAAACGUUAGAAAGUGAGCCAACAACAUCGUCACAUAUGCCACCAGAGUUCAUAAUAGACCUUUGCUGUCUAACUGAGCACGGCCGGUGUAUCGUUAAAUGCUUUGAUGUUUCCGAGGGAUUCUAUCAAUUCCAAUUACUGGCGCGAAAAAUGACUAGUAUCCCCAAAAACUUACACAUGGAAUCCCAUGUAUACCAUGUGUUAUCAUUAUCAUUUACCUUCUUGGCGAUACCCGGUAACUUCCACAAUGACCUCAACAAGUUUAUCCCGAAUGACAAAUUGGUAAAGAUAGUAAACGAUCUCAAUACCUGA